AAUCUCUCCAAAUCCUUUUUCCAACAACCAACCGCUUCCCAUUUUCUCCUCCCACCUCCCCCACCCCCCUCUCAUUCUCGCCGUCACACAAAACCCUAGAUUUCAAGCUCGAUCUCGAUCUCGAUUUCAGUUUUCGUAUCGCUCUCUCCGAAUCCGAUCGGAGCCAGGCGAUGGCGGAUCAGACGGCGAGAGGCGACGAUUUCGAGAGGAAAGCGGAGAAGAAGCUCAGCGGGUGGUCCUUCUUCGGGUCGAAGACCGAUGAGGCCGUCGAGUUGUACGAGAAGGCGGCUAAUUGCUUCAAGCUCGGCAAGAACUGGGAGAGAGCUGGCGCUGUGUACAUCAAACUGGCGAAUUGUCACUUAAAGUUGGAUAGCAAGCAUGAAGCCGCAUCAGCUUAUGUAGAUGCGGCAAAUUCUUACAAGAAGUUUUCAAUUCAAGAUGCUGCCAACUCCCUCAACCAAGCUGUGAAUCUUUUCUUGGAUAUCGGCAGAUUAAAUAUGGCUGCAAGAUACUGCAAGGAACUUGGUGAUUUAUAUGAGCAAGAACAAGACAUUGAGAAGUCAAUGGACUACUUUGAGAGAGCUGCUGAUCUUUUCCAAAGUGAGGAGGUGACAACUUCUGCAAAUCAGUGCAAGCAGAAAGUUGCACAAUUCUCUGCUCAGCUAGAACAAUACCCAAAGGCAAUUGAGAUAUUUGAAGCAAUAGCACGUCAAUCGAUCAGCAACAAUCUUCUUAAGUACAGUGUUAAGGGCAUUCUCCUUAAUGCUGGCAUAUGUCAACUAUGCAGAGGAGAUGUUGUAGGAAUUACUAAUGCAUUAGAGCGAUAUCAGGAACUUGAUCCAACCUUUUCAGGGACACGUGAAUACAAACUUUUGGCUGAUUUAGCUGCAGCAAUGGACGAGGAGGAUGUUGGGAAGUUCACUGAUUGCAUCAAAGAAUUUGAUAGUAUGACACGGCUGGAUCCUUGGAAAACAACACUCCUGCUCAGAGCAAAGAAUGCGCUCAAAGCCAAGGAAGAUGAAGAGGAUGAUCUUACCUAGAGAGCUCACUGGGAGCUGAAGUAUUUGUGGUGCUAUUUCAUUUGUUUUACUCCAUUAGUGGCGCUUAUUCGUAUAGUAUCGGUUUGUGUAAUUACUGCAUGCAUAUGAGAGUUAUUCCUAUGAUUUGAGAAGGGAUUUAGGCGAUUUCGAUUUGCGUGAAUGUGUUCUCCCCCCUCCCUCACCCUUCUUUUACAAGUGCCUAUCAGUUGUUGAUGACGGCCAUUAACAUCAAUAAGGGGAGUGUAUUUGGGUGAAAUUUAUCUACGUGUGCUUUUUUGAUAAAGAAAAGAACCGCAACUUUCAGCAUCA